CAAAACAAAACACAAAGUCCAAAACAAGAAACCCAUACUUGUUUGUGUAAGAUCAAAAGAUGACUUCAAACGUGAGAGACCCUCUUAUAGUAAGCAGAGUUGUUGGAGAUGUUCUUGAUCCGUUCAAUAGAUCAAUCUCUCUAAGGGUUACUUAUGGCCAAAGAGAGGUGACUAAUGGCUUGGAUCUUAGGCCUUCUCAAGUUCAGAACAAGCCUAGAGUUGAGAUUGGUGGAGAAGACCUCAGGAACUUCUACACUUUGGUCAUGGUGGAUCCAGAUGUUCCAAGUCCUAGCAACCCUCACCUCCGAGAAUAUCUCCACUGGUUGGUCACUGAUAUCCCUGCUACAACAGGAACAACCUUUGGUAAUGAGAUUGUGUGUUAUGAAAAUCCAAGUCCAUCUGCGGGAAUCCACCGUGUUGUGAUGACAUUGUUUCGACAGCUUGGGAGGCAAACAGUUUACGCACCAGGGUGGCGCCAGAACUUCAACACCCGCGAGUUCACGGAGAUCUACAACCUCGGCCUGCCCGUGGCCGCGGUUUUCUUCAAUUGUCAGAGGGAGAGUGGUUGCGGAGGAAGAAGAAGUUAGAUGGCUUCUACGUUCUACCUUUAUAACCAAUUGAUAUUGCAUACUCUGAUGAGGAGAUAUUAAUUAUGCAACUAUAGUAUUUUAUAAUAACCAAUUUAUAAUACGAGUAAAACGAAAGCUGGUGAUGACCAUAGUAAUUUUAUAUGUAUGUAAUAAAUGAGAGGGGGAGAAAAAUGAGUGUGGUUUUUAGUUUUAA